AUGAACGCCCAACAAGUCGCAUUCACAGCCGACAACAUGGAAAUGAGCCAAACCGCCGCCUCAGCAGUCACCUCCAUCGUCACAGGCAUGGCCGCUCCUACGAGUACAGUGGUCUCGUCGAUGGGAGGCAUGGAUAUGAGCCCUACAGUUUGCAAGAUUUCUAUGUUGUGGAACUGGUAUACGAUUGAUUCCUGCUUCAUCGCUCGCAGCUGGCACGUCCGUUCGCACGGCACCUUUGCUGCCACAUGUGUCGGCGUUGUACUACUCGUCAUGUCCUUAGAAGCCCUCCGGAGAGCUGCGAAGGAAUAUGAUGCACGUAUCGUCAAACAACGAAUCGCUGAGCUCGACGCUGCUGAUGGCGCAUCCGGCAACGCCACAGCCACCAUCACCGCAGGUUCGAGCGACGACGACGAGGACGCCAUUAACAAGCCCACCGCUACGAGCACCGUCGCCGCUGCGGCAGGCGCUGCUCGACGAUUCACCCCAACGCUCACCCAACAACUCAUCCGCGCGACCUUCCACCUCCUACAGUUUGCUGUGGCGUAUUUCGUCAUGUUACUGGCGAUGUAUUACAAUGGCUACAUCAUCAUUUGCAUUCUCCUCGGCGCAUUUUUGGGCUCGUUUAUUUUCGGCUGGGAGAGCAUCGCUUUACCUGUACCAGGCCAAGAGCGUGAGCGCGAGAUCACCUACUGCUGCGGAUAA